UCCCCCUCAUUACGCGUCACGAGCGCGACUUGUGACGUAAGUCCCUAGUCACUCAGCAAGGUGCGCGUGUAGAAUCCAUGCUUUGGCUUGCAUUCACAAGUACCGGCAAACUCGGAGUUCAGGUCGUGCGCAAGACCUGGUUUGUUAGUUGCAAUCGAACUGCAAAUGGAAGUCGUAUUCUCGAUUUUUUAUGGAGCACAAAGCUUGUGAAUAAAGAUAUUCAGCAUCAAAUUGAAACUGAACACCACAACAUCGAAGCGGCGUCCAUUCUAACUCGUGUAGCCAGUGUCGGAAAUCUGUUCUCCGAAAACUUGUGUGCUCCCACCUUAUGGUAUCUCCACACUGUGCUGACAUUCAGUUGGGAAAACUUGUGGCGAAUCAGACAAACGAGUCUUUGUACAGCUGUACCUUCUGGUUUAAAUCUACCCAUAGUUCUCCCAAUGGACUCCCUAGAAAAUCCCUCGCCUAAUGCUGCAGGUACCGGCCAGUCUGAGGUUGGCUGUGCCAGUACACAACCAAACGAACCGACCAACAAGCGGAAAAGUGAUGAGCACGACGUGUCUGAGAAACGUCGCAAGAAGAGGCGAAGGGGACGCGGCGGGAAGAAACUUCCACCUGGAGAGAGGUACGUGCCCCCUCCGCAGAAGCGAAACCCUGGCAUCAGUUUCGGACCGGAACAUUUCCAGGAGACCAGCUAUUACUUCGAAGGGGGUCUCCGUAAGGUUCGACCCUAUUACUUCGAUUUCAGGACGUACUGUAAGGGCCGUUGGGUUGGCAAGACGCUUCUGGAGGUGUUCAGCUCCGAGUUCCGGGCGGAGACCAUCGAAUACUAUGAGGAAGCUGCCCGAAUUGGGCGGAUCAGACUGAACGAACAGCCGAUAAAGGACCUCCGGAUCACUCUGAAGCACAAUGACUUCAUGAAGAAUACUGUCCACCGUCAUGAACCACCAGUGUGCGCCCAACCACUUGAGAUACUGGCCCAAGAUGAUGAUCUGGUAAUAGUUAACAAACCGGCUUCUCUCCCUGUACAUCCUUGUGGCCGCUUUCGCCACAAUACCGUUAUCUUCAUUUUGGGAAAAGAGCAUGGGAUUAGUGGUCUUCACACUGUCCAUCGACUAGAUCGCCUGACUUCAGGGGUACUACUGUUCGCUCGCACUUUAGAAGCAUCACAGAGACUAGAUCAACUGGUUCGUGACAGACAGCUAGAGAAGGAAUAUGUAUGCCGAGUCAGAGGAGUGUUUCCAGAGGAGGAGGUGACCUGUGAGGAACCAAUCUUGGUAGUCUCAUAUAAGGUGGGAGUGUGCCGUGUGGACCCUAAGGGUAAGCCCUGCCGCACAGUUUUCCAAAGGCUGAGUACAAAUGGCCACUCCAGUGUAGUACGCUGUCUUCCACUUACCGGCCGCACACAUCAGAUUCGGGUACACCUGCAGUUUUUGGGUCACCCUAUCCUUAAUGAUCCUAUAUACUGCUCGGAGGCCUGGGGGCCAGAAGGUGGUAAAGGUGGUCGAGUUAACCUUAGUAAUGAGGAACUUUUGCGGGCACUAGUAGAUGAACACCGUGCUAAAGAAAGUCUUCAUCUCCUGGACCUUACUGAGGGGGACCUGGAUGAAAAAGAGGAGCCACAGAGAAACGAUUGUCCAACAGAAACUAGAAAUACAGACAAGGGCAGUUUUCUUCAUCUCAAACUGGACACAUCUUAUAACACUGGGACACGAGGAGAAAAACUUGGUGCCAGCUGCAAAACAGUUGAUUGUUCUGUUUCUUUGGAGGAACCUGCUUCCUUAAAUGAUAUGCAAAACGGAGCAGGGAAUGAACAGUUAAAUACAAAGAGCUUCAACUUGCCAUCUGAACCAGAAAAGGUGGACACAGAUAGUUCUAUGGACAGAGUGCAAAAUACUGUGACUAAGGAUCCUUUGUGUAGUGAGUGUAAGAUUGUGAGGGAGGACCCUACGGAAAAAGAACUUCUUAUGUACUUACAUGCUUUGUGUUACAAAGGACCAGAUUUUAAAUACUCCACUGAGCUUCCAGCUUGGGCUAGAGAAGAGUGGAAUGAUGAAUAAAGAGCUUGAGGCAUCUUCAGUCAAUCAGUCAUUUUCCAACCUGCUAUAUCCUAAGACAGGGUCACUAGGGGGGGGUUUGCUGGAACCAAUCCCAUCCAUCUUCAUAUAAUAAAAAGAAUAAAAAGGUACUGACCAUAUACGUCUCACUAUGGUUGUGAUCUCUGCAGCUUUAAGCAAUAUGAUUCACCUUAGCCAAUCCAGAGAUACUGAAACAGCAACUACUUUUGGAAUGGUGCCACACUGUGCCUGCAGACUGCAGUGACUAGAGUUUUGUUGCAGUCAUAUCCAUAGUUUACUUUGGUAGGACUGCAGUGUGAUAACACCAUCCUCAUUAAAUGAAAAUAUCUUUGUUUUUGCUUCAUCUACUUUCACUUUCUUUUGUCGCUAUAUCUUAAAAUAAUUUUUAUUCAUGUAUAAAAUGCAGUAGGGGAGCAUUAUAUAAAAUGUACAACCUCGGCUAACUUCAGGAGCAGUGCAUCUUCUGUACAGCUUAUUGAUUUUAUUUUUUUAAAUUAUAAUUUCGGUGCUCUUGUCUUCUCUGCGUGUGUUUUUUUUUAUAUUACUCUGUAGAGGUUGUUGUUUUUCCCUAACCUGCUUAAUCCACUUAAAAGUGUCAAUGGUGGUGCCUGUUUCGGGUAUUAGUCCAUCACAAAGCACACUGAUUUAGAUUUUGAAUCCACCUAAUGUGCAUGUUUGCAGGUGACAAAAACUUGAGCAGUCUUGAACUUGAAGAUCCCAGUGUUACUCCUGUUGUGAGAGGAAAACUGUGGGCUUUGUUAAAUUCAGCUUAUUCUACCGAGUACAGGUUUAGAGCUGUACGACAAUUACAGAAAAAAGUGAGCACAGGCAGCUUUUUCUUAACUGUUUUUUUUUUUUUAAUCAGAGUUCCAAAACUCGUGCUGCACAUAGGAACUGUUUAAAAUGUUUAACUUAGUAAGAAAAUUUCUGAAACCAAAUACACCACCACUAUCUAAUUCAGUUUUGACAAGAUUCUGGAAGAGAUUCAGAAAUGCUCAAAGAAAAAGCCCACAGAGACAUGGUAACUGAGUUAGGUACUGCGCUCAAAACAAUGGAACUUUAAGGUCUAGUGCUAACUAGUGCACUAUUAGGACAUCCUGCUUUAUGCUGUAUAAAACCAAUAGUUUUAUUAUAGGGAACUGUGAUUAAAUUAGAUGAGAGUUGAAUUUGCAGUUAUGUAAAGUUGUUCACCUUUAGGCAGUAGUGAACCAGUUUUUAAUAUUCUUUUUUUUUUUUAAUUGGAACUUGUUUCAUACUGGUUUGUAUAUUUGCUUGUGAUGUUGGUCAAUGGUGAAAGAUGCAAUGUAAAAUAAUGAUUUGUCUUGUAAUGUAGACCGCCAAUUACUUUAUCCCUUGUGCUUUUCCGCUUUACUUUUAGGCUUCCACUAAUGCUGUGGAUAUUGCAAUACCAAAGAGCUAGCGUUUCACAUAAUAAUGCCUUUACAACAAAAGGAGUUGCACGUUUAGUUAGGUGAGUUAUCAGUAAUUGUGGGAUAUUGUCUUAUUCUUCCUUCAGGUCCUCCGGCAUCUCUGAAUGUGGUUGUACGCACAGUAGAUUUCUGUAGUUCUCCAUUGACUCUGAUCUGAAAGUGGCUCGUUUUGGCGAGUCUUAUACUUCACAAUGAGUACUUUUGACUUGAUAUUUGGGUGUAGGAAGAGUGCAAAGUACAGCUCUGAGGCAUUAGCCUUCAUUGAGUACAGUGUUUAAAAAUCAGUAUUGAUGAGGUGUUUUUGCUCAUCUUCACCAUUUGUGGUCUGCCUUUUAGGAAAUUUAGUAUCCAGUUACAGAUAGCCUUAUACAAACCAAGAUUUCAAAGAUUCAAGGGUAUUUUACGGGGAAAAAAAUCUCUGUACAAGGGAGAGCUGUAAUCCGUAAGAAAUAUCCAAAUAUUCAUGUGUUAACUUUCAAGAAAUUCAGGGCAUUGUGUAUAUCUAGCAAGAUGACAUUAUCAAUGGAUUUGUUCUAAAAGAAAAAAGAAACCGGAUUAAGGCCCACAAUUCAUCUGUCAUUGUGAACAAUUCUAGUAACUUUAUCACUAUUGAUAGCACCCACUGCAUCAGUUAGUAUCUUCAGGUCAUGUUUCUAAUAGUCUGCCAUUGAGCAAGGUCCUUAACCUGCAAUUACUCCAUCCUGGGUAUGACUUUAAUCUGCAUCCAG